CCUUCACAAACCCCAAGCCAGGGACCUUCCAAACUUUGUUAAGCUUCCUCUUUAUAUUGAGUUUUUUCAUAACUAUCAAAACCCCCCAACUCCGUCUAUUUUAACAAGAGCUUGAGAAAAGCAAAACCCACUUCAAUUUCUUACAAAACCCUUCAAAAUACUCGACGCCGCAACAAGCAAAGUCUGUACCGUACAUCUCCAAUGGCUUCCCCUCUCAGGAGUGGGAGAUCAAGAAAAGAAAAUAAUGAGCCAGGGCCUAUAAAUCCUCAGCAAGCCAUUCUGGCUGUGGCACCACUCAAUAGUGUGCCAUACAUUGGUCCACCUACACCGCAUAGCUAUACUGUAUCAUCACCAACUAAAAGGUACACAGAGACUCUGGAAAAAGUUGCCACCAGAGUGGGGGUUGCAUUGACUGGAUGUGCAGCUAUGGGAAAGAUUGGACCAGUUAUAGGACUAAUGGACAUCGGCGAAUCCAAAGAUUCUUACCUUUUUCGUGUCUCCCUGCCAGGGGUAGCAAGGGAUGAGAGUGAGUUUCAUUCACAUGAUGGUUUCCGUUGUGAUGUUGAACCUGAUGGAAAAGUAGUAAUAAAGGGUGUAACAACGACUGGUGAAAAAAUAGUGUGCAAAAACUCCCAAAUCUUUCAGAUGCACACACAAAAUCUAUGCCCACCAGGGCACUUCUCUAUCUCAUUCCAGCUGCCAGGUCCAGUCGACCGGCAACAAUUUUCUGGUUCUUUUGGAAUUGAUGGGAUUUUGGAAGGCGUUGUGAAGAAAAGGUGAUUGACAAGUCUUACAUUUUUGGUGAGCAUGGACUGAUUUAAUUUUAGUUGAGAGUAUAACAAGGACAGGAGGAGCUUUAGAAAGGAUGUUGUUCAGAGUGCUGUUUGCCUGCAACUUUGUAGAUAUACGUUCCUACAUAGAGCUGAAUGACAAAAAGCGAUAGUGCAUCAUUUUAAGACUUUGUUUAGUUAAGUCAAGUCUAUGCUAUUUCUGAUAAAUUUUACAAUUACAAAGUGUUGCUACUUUUGGGAAUUAUAAAUUUUUAGAAGGAAUACAACCAAAAGACGGUAACUU